CUCCCAAACACAGCAAGCAAGCAACAUAUCCUGGUUAGAACCGAGUCUCAGGGAAGAAACUUGGUGAAUUUUCGCGGGUGUCGUGUGAUCAAAGCUCGGGAGUCGGAAUGGAGUUCGAGAUGGCGAGCCAGCACGGGGCGCUGCUGAAGGUGGGGCUGUUCGUGCUGGUGCAGGCGCUGGUGUACCUCAUCCUCGCCCAGUCCUCCUCCGUCUUCUCCACCACCAAGACCCUCGGCCUCCCGCCGGCGCGCUCCCUCAGCGCCCGCCGCAUGGUCGCACUGCUCUCCGACCUGCCGCUCGGCGGCGAACCCUCGCCCCGCGCCGUCUCCGUGGAGCCGUCGUCGCCCGUGCCCGUGCACGCCCACCAGAAGAAGGAUUAGUUGACAGAGCUGGGAGGUGGCUACUGUCUAGCGAGCGAGCGUAUGCACGUUGUUGGUUCCGUGCCAAUGGUUGGUGCCUGCCGUGGGAGUUUGCUAGCUAUUCACGCCAUUCUUUGGUGGUUCAUUGAUUGGUCGGUUUGUUCUUUGAGAUUGCAUAUAUGUAAACUGCACGCCGUUUUGGAUUGUACAAAUGACCGUCUAAGAUUGUGCUUCGGUUACAGUGCAGUCGUGCUUCUGUUUUGAGUGGAGACUUGUGAUGAACAGAGUUCGUUUAUAUCAUGAAACCUUCGGUCUCUUCUGUCCAGCGGUAGGGGCGGCACCCCUCGAUCCGGUGCAGGAGGGCAGAUGGCCCUCUUCCAUGAAAAUUCGGUGAAGAUUUUGAGGCAUAGUUCAGUGGUUUUCCCCGGGAGACACGAGUUUGUUGGGUAUCGGUUCUUAGGUUUUUUCUUUGUUGUGGUUCGGUCACUCGUGUGCUUCUCUUCGAUGACAAGUGUGUGGGGGGUCCAACAGUGCACUCCCGGUGCUUUGUUGGUUGUGUUGUUUGUGUAGUUUUUUUUAGCCGACCUGUAUGACGGUUUUCUCUACACCUUAUGUUGUUCGGCCGUGUGGGGAGAAAGUCUGAUCAUGAAAAAGCGUAGCGAGUUACCGCCAUGAAUUUGGUGAGGGUUGGUUGGCCUCAAAUGUCUUUGAGUGCCUGGUAUAGGGGUUUGUUGGUUACUUACUUCACACCAUUCUUUGAUUGAUUGGUUUGUU